UUCUCUACUACCCUCACAGCCCUCCGUCGCUCUGUUCAUUCACAGGAUUACCCUGUAACCGUGUGUUUGAGAUCUGGCUCUCAAAGCUCUCGAUCUCCGGAUCUUUAAACGAUCCACUGGAUCUGUAUUUGUCUUUACUCUGACUGGAGACGGGACUCUUUUUGUUCGUGUCCCUCAGAAUGAAGCAUUGAAGCAGUCCUGAUCACAGCGAUGGCAGUGCAAGCGAGCCUGCAGGCUUGGUUUGGAGAGAAGUUUGAGUCGCCACUGCACAGCCCACGCUCGCCUCUAACACCACGCCAUGGCCCGGGCCUCACAGACGUUUUCCAGUACGACCAGUGGCUUGCUGUACGCCAUGAAGCCACUCUUUUUCCCAUGCAAGAAGAUCUUGCCAUUUGGCUCACUGACCUUCUAGGUGAAGAGAUAAGAGCUGAGCACUUCAUGGACGAGUUGAAUAACGGAGUGAAGUUGUGUCGACUUGCUGAAAUUCUGCAAAGCAAAAUUCCCCAGAGCUGCCUCCUGGACAAAAAGCGGUUUCCGAUGAAGAAAGUGGCGUUCAAGAAAACCGCUUCUCCGGGGUCGUUCUUCGCCCGGGACAACACGGCAAACUUCCUGUCAUGGUGCCGUCAAAUCGGAGUAGAUGAAGCGUAUCUGUUUGAGUCAGAGGGCUUGGUUCUACACAAGAAUCCUCGUCAGGUGUGUCUGUGUCUGUUGGAGCUCGGACGCAUAAUCUCCAAGUAUGGAGUCGAACCGCCGGUGUUGGUGAAACUGGAGAAGGAGAUCGAGUUGGAAGAAUCUCUGCUAAUGGCAGGCGAUCAUGUGCCUCCGAUCAAAACCUUCACUGUGUGCUGCCAACAUGGAGGCCUCCAUCAUGCUGACUCUGACUCAGACGAUCCUCCUUGUAAUUGCUCACAGAGGUUUUCUAUCGAGUAUCUGGCAGAGGGACGUUACAGACUCGGGGAAAAGAUCCUCUUCAUUAGGAUGCUGCAUGGAAAGCAUGUGAUGGUGCGUGUGGGCGGUGGAUGGGACACGCUUAAGGGUUUUCUGAUGAAGUAUGACCCUGAUCGUGUUCUGCAGUUCACCACACUCGAGCAGAAGAUUCUGGCGUUUCAGAAAGGCUCAUCUGUCCCAGACUCUGUCCUUAGUACCCAGACUUCCCAGCCGCCCAACAUGGACCCUCUCUCUGCCGUCAACCUCCUCCCAUCCUCCUCCUCCACAUCUUCCUCAUCAGGCUCUUCCUCCUCAACUUCUAUUCCACCAACCAAACCUGGUACGCUUGCCUCUGGCGUGGGUACGCCACGAGGCGCUUUCCAGUCCCCGGUUUCCACCCCCCUUCUUCCAAGGAAAGCAGCAGCUCCUAAAAAGAAACUUCAAGUGCCCAGUGUCUCUCCCAAGACCACUCCACUGUCUUCGAAUGCUACGAAAAAGAGCCCUUCGCUCGAACCUUCCCAGAAAGUCCCAGCGCUUUUCGAUCGGAAACAGCGCCCACGUGUUACUCCUUCUCAACCGCGUAGUCCUGUGUGCCCAGAACCCAGCUGCAAACAAGCCAAGCCGGCUCAUGCCAUCCCGGUAGGAGGCAUUUCUCAGCGAGACGGCCGGCCACCUCGAGCGCCUCUUCGCACUCGUCUCGCCACCAGACGCCCUUCCUCUCCCGCUGCCACACGUCUGCAAGUGGAUACCAGAAAGGGUCUUCCUGUUUCCCCUCGACCACCGUGCACGGCAAAGAUUCCCAAAGACACUGGUAGCAAGACAGUUGUAGCGAAAGUGCCCCCGAAACCGCCCCAAAGUUUUCCCAAACCUCCCGUACGAGAUGUCAAACCUUCCUCUGCAAACGUCAAAUCCAGAGUCCAAAUCCAGACCUCCACUCCCUCUUUACAAGCCACCAAAACUUCCCACCCCUCCAGGACCAACCAGAAAAACCCAGGAGGACAAUCUGCCGCGAGGACCGGAGCGCCACGGACUGCACAGACCCCCAGCACAAAAUCCACCCAAACGACAGACAGAAAAGCUCAAAGCAGCAAUAACAGGCCUCUCAAAACGAACCCUGCUCAGGUCCGUGCAGUUAAACCUACCCCCAGCACCACCCAAAAGCAACAAAGCACCCGGACUGUGGCCUGCAAAAAAACCGAGGAGCCCUACUUCGAAAUGAACAGUAGGAAGAAGAGAUGAGCGUAAUGGGAGCUGGAACGACGAGGUUUUUUGGUGGUGGUUUUUGACUUGUUUCACUUGGUGUUGCACUUUAAGGUAGUCCGCCUCACGUUAUUGAUCACGGUUAGUCUAAGAACGAUAUUUCCUUCCUCGAUUAUGUUUAAGUUUUUACAUAUUUUAUAAUUUAUUGGGUUUUAUUUGUGUCAUAAAGACAUUUAAGGAGGGAAAAAGAUGGAUUCUGGUCUAUUAAACACUAAAUAUUAAUUUUACAUUAAUGGCAUUUGGCAGAUCCAGAGCGACUUUUAUUGCAUUAAUACACCUGAGCAGAUCUAGGGUAAAGGGCCUUGCCCAGGGGCCCAGGAGAGGCAUCUUGGUGUAUCAAGGAUUUGAACCUUCAGAUCCAAAGUCCUUAAACACUAAGCUACCACCUCCCUAUCCUUUAAACAUUCCCUUUCCAGACAGAGGUAUGGUUGUUGUGUAAAUUUUACGUUACAGUUGUUCACCUCCAUAAGCAAGGCAUUACCUGGAACUGAGAACUGCACCGAUUAAGCUAGCCAGAUUUUUCACACCAGAGGAAGAUCUGGGUAUUGGUACAUAUUAAGAGCAAUAACGGUUAAAGAUACGAGUUAAUUCCAUGUGUGAUUUUGUAUUCUCUCUGAAAUUGUCAUUCCAGUCUAAUGGCUUUUUAACAUGCUCUCAGAGAGCUCUCGCAGGUAGCAUGGUCAUCCUUUAAAAACGUAGGAACUACCUCCAGAUGUUCCGAUGUGGAAAUUAUAUUUGCCGUCACGAUUACUGUUUUAUUUUAUUUGUUAUUCAAAGCACAAACCAAACAUGAAUGUUUUUUUUGUUUUGUUUUGAUAUCUUUAUAUAUGUUUUGUCUUGUGUCCAGGUGUGAAUGUUUGUUAGAUGAUUUUGAUGGACCUGUAUAUUUUUACAGCACUUUCCUUUUUUUUAUUGUAGACCGUUUUAACUGUCCUGUAAAUUGUGACUGUAAAAUGUUUGUGUCUAAUAAAUGGUGUCCUUGAGUAACAUAUGAA